UUAAUGAAGAUUGUCACUUUUUGAUGCCGUACCUCCACGUGGUGCUCAUCCAUUUUCUCACUUGCCGCAGAAGGAACGUGGCCAUGAAGUCUACUUAAUACAUUCAUGUGGCAAUGCAAACAGUGCAAGACAGUGACAUCAUCACGGUUUCUACUUCUGAAGCACUACAGAGUAACUGUUGGGUUGGACAAAAAAUGACAACCCCAGUUAAACUUCGGAUUAUCAUGGGAGAAAACAACUCCGAAAAAUUGACUCUGCCUUCUGGAAUACCAGUCAGUAGAAGACCUCAAACUUGAGAUCAAGAGACAAUGUGCAGUUGCAGAGGACUUCCGGCUACAAUACAUGGACGUUGAUUUUGACGAAUUUAUAAAUCUGACCUCAACAGCGGCUCUCCAACACUUGGGCACGGUUAAAGUGAUCACAAAUGCACAGGAAGCAACUGGUGAAGGUAGUACUCCUCAGGUACUGAGAAGUCUCUCAGUGGAAUCCACUUCCCUUUCUUCUACCGACACCGAGAUACUCUCUACCCCUGAUUCAUCACCAUCACCAACCUCGAUGCUGAGAUCUCAGGCCUGGCCAGCAAGCUUCCCUAUUCCACAGUUUUCCUAUGAAGUAGAGCUGCAACUUGUGAAAGCCAAUCAGGAAUAUCACAAAAAUGGCACCCUCCUCAACCCAAGCCCAAAACUCAAGUCUGCAAUUUUAGAGUCCUUGGCUUCUGUAAUAAUCAAGUACAAAGCAUACCCUACAAGUGCAGAGUUUGAUGAUGUUGCAGAGGCUUUGAUUAAAACACAUGCAUGCCUAAAGGAGCAAGGUUCUGUGACAGGAUUCUACGGUUGGAAGAUUAGUUUAAAAUAUAAAAUGGCAAAUUAUCGCAGUAGCCUGAGAAACAUAACCUCUGAAUUGAGCAUCAAUUCCAUGAAACGCAGAGGAGGCCACACAAGUCCAAAUCAAGUGAAGAAACCGAGGAAAGCUGAGGUGAAUUUUUUGCCAGACUAUCCAAUUGGCGAAAACCAAGAGACUCUUGAGAAUGAGAGGUUGGAAUUACUGUCUGAGGUCAAGAAGAGGGACAACAAUCAAAUCAUAAAAGUGAAGAUGGACAAAACUUUUGCCUACAGGAGGAAAGAAGUUGUAGUCGACAUGCCCUCCAUUGCAGAAUUUCAAAGCAGAUGGCCAGCUCUUUUUGCUGAAAGUGAGAUAAGUGCAGAAUUUACACGUAUUACCACCAUCCCACUGAUGUCCAAGUUUAUGUCAGAACUUGACCACCACUCUGCUAAGCUGUCCAGGGUGUGCCUUAAGAAGGGAGGAGUAGCAGGUCGCAAGAUUGCAGAGAUCAUGGCUUCCAUCAACGAGAAUGACACCAUUGCUACAAGGAGGGCUUGCAACCUGAAUUCACUUGCUGUGUAUUUAAAUGAAGACCCAGAGAAGCUCAUCAAGGAAUAUCUGGAUGUGAACUUUGAUAAUGCCCAGAGCGAACUGGAUAUGACAGCCCUUGGGAUCUACGUCAUCAAACAUGAGGGUGCAGAUGCCUCCGAUCCACCAGAAGAUGUAGGGAUCAUUGUUGAGGGUGUCGUCAUGCUCAAACACAUUGGAGACCUCGCCUGUGCUGUUGCUCUGCUGUUUGGGCUCAUCUACAAUCUGAAUUUGAGCUACCCGCCUGAUCUCAAGUACAGUUUUGAAUUUCUUCAGAAAGUCCUGAUGGGAAUUGAUACCCAUCGCCUUUCAAACAAGGUCCAGGUACUGAAGAAUAAACUUCAUGAAUGAGGUGAGGGAUCUUUGAGCCAUGCAGGGAGAGAAGUGGUUUUAUUGACUGUUCUUAUGCUCUGUCAAGUUGCUUGACAGAUUGUUGUCCCUGUUGUCACUGUCUCUCACCUGUGCUCGUCAGGUUUCACUGUACUUGCCUGUUAUAGUUAGGAUAGUUCUUAAAUGAUGUCUUAAGUGGAGGAAAUACUAGUGGAAGCUAGUGAUUUUCUGAGAAAUGCAUUAUGGCAAUAUGCACUUCAGCUGUUCUAUGCACUUUACCUCCUAUGUCUGUUUUUGAGAAAAUGUUUUAGGCAAGAAACAAACUACUUUGAAUUCCUACUGAGAAAUGCAUUAUGGCAAUAUAUAUAUAUGCACUUCAGCUGUUCUAUGCACUUUACCUCCUUUGUCUGUUUUUGAGAAAAUGUUUUAGGCAAGAAACAAAUUACUUUGAAUUCCAGUAGAACUAUAAUGAGAUUCUUGUAACCCCUUAAUGUUUUACGUCUGCACUUAGUUCGGUAUUUUUGAACCUGGGCCUUAUUUCUGUCAUGGGGUGCUUUAAUCUACUAACUGGUAGCAUUUUGGUGAAGAUCGGCGUAGUUUUGACGCUGUUCAGACCAUCGAGAUCGAGCGUAUAUCCAUAUGACGGGAGUA